GGGGCCCGCCGAGCUGCCGAGGCCGUGUGCCGGCCCGCGGAGCGGUUCCGGGUGUAGGGUUCACAGGUCAGAGUUGACUCCCUGAAAAGUGCAGCCGGUUUGAAAUGCAAGAUGGCGGCGGCGGGGCGCUGAGAGGCGCGGCGGCCCCUGCAGGAAAUGGCAGAUAGGUACUUCAGACCUGUUGGUAAUGAUGGCCUGAGCUAAACACCUAAUUUGAAGGGACACCCUCCGUGUCAAAGAACAGAAUGCUGAAGAAGCUAUGGCAAGUGAUUGGAGUUGUGCUUCAAAAAUUUCAGCAGUUCAACAGUAUUUUAUCUGCCAACAAUAAGCUCUUUACUUGAUUGCACCAUGAGAAAGCUGCUAAUGAAACUUGCUGAACACAAAAAUGGACUUGAAGAACCAAAAGGCAUUGUUUUCAAAUGAAGAAUACUGAACAAUUUUAAGCCUUGAUGCUUUUUAAUCACCAGUGAGAUUUUCCUCAUAACAUCAGAAUGGCAAGCAGGCGAAAAUCCACAACACCUUGCAUGGUCCUUGCCAGUGAACAGGAUCCAGACCUGGAGUUGAUAUCAGAUUUGGAUGAAGGUCCUCCUGUACUUACACCUGUAGAAAACACCAGAGCGGAGAGUAUCUCAAGUGAUGAAGAAGUUCAUGAAUCUGUGGAUUCUGACAAUCAACAAAAUAAAAAAGUUGAAGGUGGCUAUGAAUGUAAAUAUUGUACUUUUCAAACCCCAGAUCUAAAUAUGUUUACUUUUCAUGUGGAUUCAGAACAUCCCAAUGUAGUGCUAAAUUCAUCCUAUGUUUGUGUCGAAUGCAAUUUUCUUACCAAAAGGUAUGAUGCACUUUCUGAGCAUAAUCUGAAAUAUCACCCAGGAGAAGAGAAUUUUAAGUUGACUAUGGUGAAACGAAAUAACCAGACAAUCUUUGAACAGACAAUAAAUGAUCUGACUUUUGAUGGUAGUUUUGUCAAAGAGGAGAAUUCAGAGCAAGGUGAAUCUACAGAAGUUUCUUCUUCAGGAAUAUCUAUCAGUAAAACCCCAAUCAUGAAAAUGAUGAAAAAUAAAGUGGAGAACAAACGGAUCACAGUUCAUCACAACUCAGUUGAGGACAUUCCUGAAGACAAAGAGAAUGAGAUCAAACCAGACCGUGAAGAAACUGUGGAAAAUCCAAGUUCCUCAGCCUCUGAAUCUAAUACAAGUACUUCCAUUGUCAACAGAAUACAUCCAAAUACUGCCAGCACAGUCAUGACCCCAGCAGCAGUUCUUCCUGGGUUAGCACAGGUGAUAACUGCUGUAUCAGCUCAGCAGAAUUCCAAUUUGAUUCCCAAAGUCUUAAUCCCCGUUAAUAGCAUUCCUACCUACAAUGCUGCAUUGGAUAACAACCCCUUGUUGCUUAACACCUACAACAAGUUCCCUUAUCCCACGAUGUCAGAAAUUACUGUUCUUUCUGCUCAAGCAAAAUACACAGAAGAACAGAUCAAGAUAUGGUUUUCAGCCCAACGUUUAAAACAUGGUGUUAGCUGGACUCCUGAGGAAGUAGAGGAGGCCAGAAGAAAACAAUUCAAUGGAACAGUACACACUGUACCUCAGACCAUAACCGUUAUUCCUACACACAUUUCCACAGGGAGUAAUGGUUUACCAUCCAUUUUACAGACAUGCCAAAUAGUUGGUCAGCCAGGACUGGUUCUUACACAAGUAGCUGGAACAAACCCCUUGCCAGUAACAGCACCUAUAGCCUUGACAGUGGCAGGGGUUCCAAAUCAAACAAAUGUACAAAAAAGUCAGGCACCUGCUGCCCAGCCUAUUGCAGAGACAAAGCCAGCAACAGCAGCAAUCCCACCUUCUCAGCUUGUUAAACAUGAAACCACAGGGGCAAACCCUGAUUCAUUUGGCAUUCGAGCCAAAAAGACUAAAGAACAACUGGCCGAAUUAAAAGUCAGCUACCUUAAAAAUCAGUUUCCCCAUGAUUCAGAAAUUAUCAGACUUAUGAAAAUCACAGGCCUGACUAAAGGAGAGAUUAAAAAAUGGUUUAGUGACACAAGGUACAACCAGAGAAAUUCGAAGAGUAAUCAGUGCUUACAUCUCAACAAUGAUUCCUCCACGACUAUUAUUAUAGACUCCAGUGAUGAAACCACAGAAUCUCCAACUGUUGUUACUUCACAGCCUAAACAAUCCUGGAAUCCUUUUCCCGACUUCACUCCCCAGAAAUUUAAAGAGAAGACUGCAGAACAGCUCCGUGCCCUUCAGGCAAGUUUUCUCAACAGCUCCAUACUCACAGAUGAAGAGUUAAAUAGGUUAAGAGCUCAAACCAAACUUACCAGAAGGGAAAUUGAUGCUUGGUUUACAGAGAAGAAGAAAUCAAAAGCUUUAAAGGAAGAGAAAAUGGAAGUAGAUGAAAAUAAUGCAGGUAGUUCCAAAGAAGAACCUGGAGAAACUUCUCCCAGAGAUGAAUCUGGUGCACCUAAGCCAGGAAAUACGGGCAAGAUCUGUAAAAAAACACCUGAGCAGUUGCACAUGCUUAAGAGUGCAUUUGUCCGAACCCAGUGGCCAUCACCAGAAGAAUAUGACAAGUUGGCUGAAGAAAGCGGGCUUGCUAGAACAGACAUCGUCAGUUGGUUUGGGGACACCCGUUAUGCUUGGAAAAAUGGAAACUUAAAAUGGUACUACUACUAUCAAAGCGCCAAUUCGAGUAGUAUGAAUGGGCUGUCCUCCCUUAGGAAAAGGGGGAGGGGAAGACCCAAAGGAAGGGGAAGAGGAAGACCACGUGGGCGGCCGAGAGGAAGCAAGAGAAUGAACAACUGGGACAGGGGGCCAUCACUCAUAAAAUUUAAAACUGGAACUGCAAUACUUAAGGAUUAUUACCUGAAGCACAAAUUUCUUAAUGAGCAAGACCUUGAUGAGCUCGUGAACAAAUCACAUAUGGGCUAUGAGCAGGUCAGAGAGUGGUUUGCAGAAAGACAGAGGAGAUCCGAGUUAGGUAUGGAAUUAUUUGAGGAAAACGAGGAGGAAGAUGAAGUGAUCGAUGAUCAGGAAGAGGACGAAGAAGAAACAGAUGAUAGUGACACUUGGGAACCCCCACGACAUGUGAAACGGAAGCUUUCUAAAUCAGAUGACUGAAAUGGAAGAAUUCAAAAACGAAAACUAAAGAGAAGGGGAAAAGUGUACCGAAGGACAAACUUACCACAGGGGCGAGGAUUGCUCAGUUUUAGGAAACUAGGUGAAAAUGGGUAUCUUUUUUUAUUUAUUGUAUUGCCCCCCAAACUAUUAGGUUUUUAACUAGAGUUUAAAAUGCUUUAUGUGUUAAAAUUAUUCAGUAAUUUUUCUGUUGAAAGCCAAAGGUCUAUUUUAGGCUUUAUGUAAAUUCAUAUUUGCUUGGAGGGCAUCUGUUUUUGAAAACUGUGAUAUAAAUUAUUUCUGUCUUAGAGAUCAAAAGGUAAAUAACAGAUUUGAUAUUAAAUUAACUCAGUUGCCUAAAGUGUCUUUUCAUUCUUUGAUAGAAAACAAACCUGCUACCAGAAGAAAUGCUGUAAUUGGUUAAAAAUACAUCUCUUGCUAUAAAAGCGCAAGUAAACAUGCUUUAAAUCUGAAAGGUUUGGCAUGUUCCUUAAAUUUUAAUUCCUUUAUAGAUUGAAUUAAAAUUUCACUGUAGCUGCAAUCAGACACCUGAUUUCGAGUUAGGACUUCAAUUCUUAAUACUUUUGGAAUUUAAUAGCAUAGUUCUAUUCUACUCUCUGUUUUGGAGUGUUCUAGGAUAAAACUAUACUCUGUUGAGUAUAGAGUAAACCAUAUUCUAUUGCGAUUAAUGCACUCGUCACAAAAUGUUUGUAUAUGUCUGUCAGUAGUCCAAAAGCAUCUUAUUAUCAGAGAUUACUGCCGUGUUCUCAAACAGUAAAAAAGGAAACGAGGAAUAGAUCCUCAUUAUCGUAUGAGCAUGUUUACUUACCUCCUUAGCUGUUUGUAUCCCUACCCCAUCCUCUACUUUUAUGCUCUAUUAUUCUGCGCAGUAUUUCCUUGACUCCCCCAUGUCUUCCUCACUGGUUUUAUUUAUUUUGUUGAACAGUUAUUUAUAGAGAGCUUAAUAUGUACCAGGCACUUUUCUUUUUGCUUAGCAGUCCUUUUCCAGACUUUCUUUUCAUUAACAUUUUUUUUCAAGCAGAAAUAUAGAUGAAACUAAAGCAUCUAUUUUAGAGUAAAUCUUACUCCAGGUUUUGAGCGUAAUGUAAGUAACAGGAAGUUAAACAAUGUUGUAUAGCUUUAUCCUGAAGUGCAGUUCUCCAUUUCCUAAUGUCAGAAAUUUUCAGGACAGGCUUUCUUCUGACCCAGAUGCAUAAAAUAUUUUUACCAGGCUUUUUUUUUUUUUUUCUAAACACAAUUCUCACUCGGCCAAGAUUAAAUCAACAAAUGUGUUGCUGCAGUGAAUUGUCCUUGUGGUUGUAGUAACUUCAGCAAUGAUUCUGUAGGGAGCUGCAAUCUUCUAAAAAUAACAGGAACUUUUUUGUACAGUUUUUGGCUUUGUGUGGAUAAUUCUCAUGUUCUGUAUUGACACUCUAAUGGAUACUAUGAUAAAAAAAAUUCAUACAAAGCCACAGUUUUCAAAAAAUUAUGUAUGUUAUUCAUGCACUUUCAUGGUACAUAUUCAGACAUGCCUUUAAAAAUAUUCAAAAGUCUAAAAUUUAAAAAUGCAUUAAUUAGCAAGUUACUGUUGGCUUAACAAAAUAAUUUUUCAUCUUAUAAGAGGAUUCAUCUUAAGUUUCCUCUUAAUAGUUAUUUCUUCACUUAAAUAUGGUUCAGUUUACCAAAAAUAAGUAACCAAAACUUCUCCAAAAUAGUUAUUGCAAAAGGUGAAAUACAUAUAUAUCUUUUGCAUAAGUGAGACUUGUAUAUAAAUAGAAAAAAAAUACAAGAGCCUUUAGAUCUCAGUCUGUUUAUUACAAAUACUGACAGUGAGUAUACACUUCCUACUAAUAAUUGUUUUUAUAAAUUUUAACAUAAAGGUGAAAAUGUCCAUAUGCAGAACCUAUACAUAGGAGUUGCACACAAAAUCUACUUUAUAUAAAAUGUAUAUAGCAAGUGAUCUCAGUGUUUAAUAAGCAAAUACAAAGGAUGUAUUUUCAUGGCUAAUUUGUAUAAUUUUUGUUUCUAAAGUGGUAAACAUUAAAAUAUGGGUUUUAAAAA